CCCUGUCCCCAGUUUCAUUUCUCCAGCUCCUGACCUGUGUCAGCUCCUUCUGCCCGGACACUGAUGACGACUGGAUCCUCAUCUCCACUGGAUGUCGAGAUCCCGGGGAACCAAUCAGCGUCGCCUGGGGCACGGGGUAUAAAGUCCAUGCAGGAAACUCGGACGCCCAGAUCCUUGAUGGGGGCGAUGGCGCUGCAGGCGCUGCUUCUGCUGCUGGUGGCCUCCCUGGCCCCGACCCAGACCCGCGCGGGCUCGCAUUCCAUGCGGUAUUUCUCCACCAUCGUGUCCCGGCCCGGCCUCGGGGAGCCCCGGUACUUGGAAGUCGGCUAUGUGGACGACAGGGAGUUCGUGCGCUUUGACAGCGACGCCAAGGAUCCAAGAAUGGAGCCGCGGGCACAGUGGGUGGAGCGGGAGGGGCCGGAUUAUUGGGAGAGGGAGACACUGAGAGCCAAGGACAACCAGCAGAGUUUCCGAGUUGACCUGAGGACCCUACUUGGCUACUACAACCAGAGCGAGGGUGGCUCUCACACCUUCCAGUGGAUGUCUGGCUGUCAAAUGGGGCCUGAUGGGCGCCUCCUCCGCGGGUACAGUCAAAACGCCUAUGAUGGCAAAGAUUUCAUCGCCCUAAACAAGGACCUGAGGACAUGGACUGCAGCGCACACGGUGGCGAAGAUCACCCAGAGCAAGUUUGAGAGGACUGAUUUUGCAGAGAGAUUGAGAGCCUACGUGGAGGACACGUGCUUGGAGGGCCUCAGCAGACACCUGGAGAACGGGAAGGAGCAGCUGCUGUGCACAGAUCCCCCAAUGGCACAUGUGACCCAUCAUCCUGGACAUAAAGGUGAUGUCACCCUGAGGUGCUGGGCCGUGGGCUUCUACCCUGAUGACAUCACCCUGACUUGGCAGAGGGAGGAGGAGGAACAGACUCAGGACAUGGAGCUGGUGGAGACCAGACCUUCUGGGGAUGGAACCUUCCAGAAGUGGGCAUCUCUGGUGGUGCCUUCUGGGGAGGAGCAGAAAUACACAUGCCAUGUGCACCAUGAGGGACUGCCUGAGCCCCUCACCCUGAGAUGGGAGCCUCCUCAGGCCACUGUCCCCAUCCUGGCAGUCAUUGCUGUUCUGUUUCUCCUUGGAGCUGUGACCAUCAUUGGAGCUGUGGUGGCUGUUGUGAGGAAGAGGAGGAGAAACACAGGUGGAAGAGGAGGGAACUAUGUUCCGGCUCCAGUAUGAAGACAGCUGCCAGGAAUGGAUGGAGUGACAGACAGUGUAUUUAGGCCUCUCCUGUGACAUCCAGGGCCCCUAGGUUCACUUUUAGCAACAGUGUCUGAUGUUCCCUGUGAUCCUAUGGGCUGAAUAUGAAGAACUGGGAGCCCAGCCCAGCCCUGCACACCAGGACUCUGUCCCUGCACUGCCUGUGUUCCCUUCCAUGGCCAACCCUCCUGUUCCAGCAGGCAGGAAGGGACACAUUAUCCUGUUACCUCCUCCUGCUCUGAGCUUCAGGUCCUAAGUUCCGCACUGAAACUAAGGAUCUCAAUUUGAAUUUGAUUGUUCACAUCCUUGAGCUGACAGGCUGAUAGCUGUUAAAUGUAUUAUUGAGAUACUUAGAAUUUGAGGAGGAAGUGAAUGGCAGCAUGGAGAACAUCCCAGAAAUGUGCACAUCAUGUUCUGUGUCUCUGGUGUCACAGGAUGAGGCUGUGGGAGCUGAGUGAGAGCAGGGCUGUGCCCAGGUGCAGCUCAAUUUGACAUUGGCUGUGACAUGGUCAGUCCUCAGCUCUGUCACCUCCUGGCUCUGUUCUCCUCAUCACUUGAAAGCACAUCCUGAGAUCUGUGAUCACAGGGACACAGGGAUGGCCAGAGUCCUGUCCUGUCCCAGGAGUGUGAGCAGCCAGGACUGGUGGGACAGGCCAGCCUGGGCUCUAACCUGGCUGUAGCUCUUUACCCCAUAUUUGCUGUUUAUUGUUGUCUUUUUACUUUUUAUGGAGCACUGGGCCUGUUCUUGUUCCUGUAAAUGGAGUCUGCCUCCUUAUCCCUUGUGCCUCCUCAGUGACAGCAUUCAAAUGUGUUUCUCCUUCUUUAGCAUUAGGACUCUUCUAGGCCCCUGCACUCAGGAGACUGUGACCUAAGAACAUGAACUUCAGUCUCCUGAGCUCCUGCCUCCUUCCAGGCCCCUCCCUGGAGGCUCUCUCCCUCUUUCCCGUCAUUUAGAAUUUAAGCAGAGUUGUAGGAUGGCAGAGAGGAGGGAUCCACAGGGUCUCAUCUCAGAUCUGUCCUGUUGGAUCUGUUCAGCACUAAGUCCUCUCUCCCUCCCUGGCCCUGGGAAACAUGGUGCUGCCUCCAGUGGUGACUCCAGGCUUAGUCUACUUUAGAUUGAUGUUUAUUUAAAAGACAUGAUCCCUUUUGUCUUGUUGACUGUGUCCUUUGCCUUACAGAAGCUUCUCAGUUUCAGGAGGUACCAUUUAUUAAUUGUUGAUCUCAGUGUCUGUGCUACUGGCCUUAUGUU